AUGCCUUGUCCCUUUCUGACCAGGAUUAGCCAAAAUUAUGGUAAAAAUUAUGCCACAGUUUUGAAGCAAAUGUAUGGCAACCAAUGCCCAAUGCUAUCGAGAUCCACCCAGACGGAUAGCAAAAGUGAAGCACAGGAAAACCUAAGAGGUGCGACUUGGAAAUGCCCUUUUCUGAACGAAGUAUCAGGUUCCAUUAAAGAAGUGAAGCAAGAAGAUAUCAUUGAGGUCAGUCAAGACGAGUCUGACACUCAUGGAAAUGAAGCGUUUGCCUAUGAGCGAUUCUUUCAUCAGCAAAUUAUGGAAAAGAAAAAAGAACACGCCUACAGGAUUUUUAAAAAGGUGAAUCGUUCGGCUGUGCCCGGUGAUUUUCCCAAAGCCUUUGAAUACACUUCAGGGAAAAAAUUGAUUACAGUUUGGUGCUCAAAUGAUUAUUUAGGGAUGUCAUGUCAUCCUGCUGUUAAAAAUGAAGUUAGCAUCGCACUGGAAAAGUACGGUACAGGCGCUGGUGGCACUAGAAAUAUAUGCGGCAACUCCACGCUACACGAAAAGCUUGAAACUACUCUGGCUGAACUUCAUGAAAAAGACGCGGCUCUUUUGUUCACAUCUUGCUUCGUAGCUAACGACACAACUCUCUUUACUCUAGCUAAAGCACUGCCAGGUUGUCAUAUCUUCUCUGAUGCUGGCAACCAUGCUUCCAUGAUUCAGGGAAUCAGAAACAGUCAAGCACCUAAGCACAUUUUUAGGCACAACGAUUCUCAACACUUGGAAGAGUUGCUUCAGAAAGUGAAUUAUCAAGCACCCAAGAUUGUCGCAUUCGAGACAGUUCAUUCUAUGACAGGGGCAGUUUGUCCCCUAGAGGAAAUAUGCGACAUUGCUCACAAAUAUGGUGCUUUAACAUUUGUGGAUGAAGUACACGCUGUAGGUCUUUAUGGGAAACAUGGUGCUGGUAUUGGUGAGAAAGACCAUGUGUUGCACAAAAUGGAUAUAAUAUCUGGAACUCUUGGGAAAGCUUUUGGCAACCUUGGAGGAUAUGUUGCUGGAAACGCCAAUUUAAUUGACAUGAUCAGAAGCUAUGGAGCUGGAUUUAUCUUUACAACCAGUUUGCCUCCAACAGUUUUGGCUGGCGCAAGGAAAGCCAUUGAAAUUUUAGCUUCUGAUGAAGGUCGCAUGUUACGCGAGAAGCAUCAAGAUAAUGUUCAAUAUUUGCGAGGAAAACUCCUCAUAAAUGGAUUUCCAGUAGAGCAUACUCCCAGUCAUAUCAUUCCUAUCAAACUGGGGGAUCCACUGAAAUGUUCUGCUGUUAGCGAUGCACUGAUAAAACACAAGGGACACUAUAUUCAAGCUAUCAAUUAUCCAACUGUAGCUAGAGGACAAGAGAAACUACGACUAGCUCCUACACCACAUCAUACCAAAGAAAUGAUGGACUUACUGAUGACCGAUUUGAAAGAUGUUUGGGACGAAUUUGAAUUGCCUUUCACUGGCAGGCAAUGUAGCAAGAAAUGUCAGUUUUGUCAGAAACCGAUUUUGUUUGACUACUAUAGAUCGAGGGACAGAUGUAAAAUACCAAACUGUCCUCAAAUGUUUGCAGCUGCGUAG